AUGAGUAGGAAUAGACUCGGAACGUGCACAGGAAGUGGAAGUGUGUGUCGCGUGUCAGUUGCUGCUGCUGCUGUGUGCAGCUUCUCGGACGGGGAGGACCGCAGAGAGCUGGACUGGGCUGUGAAUUCUGGCUGUGUUCGGCCCGGCUGCAGGAAUAGGCCUCAGCCUAGAUGGCUGAUGGACACGGAUCAGUCACAAGAUGCUGGCUCGGAAGCGCUUUCUUUUUCUGCUGGUGGGGAGCGGGGCCGUGCUGGCCAUCGUCAGCUUAAGCCUACAGUUCUGUGGCUAAAGCUGGAGACCAUCUCUGCUCCUCCCAUGUGCAGGGGAGGGAGAGGGCAGCGGUCCCAUCUGCAGUCUGCCGCCAUCUUCUUGGUCUUCUUCACUCUGAUGCAGAGCCAGACUCUCAGCUUCUGCACGUUUGUUAAAAUGGUCUCAGCUUCUGCUGCAGAGUUGAUCUUCCUCUUCAUCUCUGUGAACCUGAUCCCCACCUCUCCCAUGGUGGAGAAGCAUCCAUUCCAUGCUGCAGAUGCAAGCACAGGGGCGUCUCUGGGGAAGAGCAGAAAGCGGGUGUUCCCAGAGCCUCACACCAACAAGCCCAACCCCGUACUUGAGGCUUUUAGCUACUGCAACACCCCUAAUCGCUCCGAACAGGCCUGGGAGGGUCAUAGUCCUGUGGACUACAAGCUGCUCUCUGUCCAGGUGAUGAUUCGCCAUGGGGACCGUUAUCUACUUUACUCUAUUCCCAAGACCAAGCGGCCCAAAAUUAACUGCACACUGUCCACAAACAGGGACCCUUCCCACCCACUGCUGACCUCUUUCAUUAAUCACAUGGGUCAAGGGGGUCAAGGCCACUGGGAGUCACCAUUGGGCUCUGUUCCCCGCUUGCCCAACCACAGUGCCUGUGAGAUGGGAGAACUUACACAGACAGGAGUCGUGCAGCACCUUCGCAAUGGGCAGAACCUCCGCCACGCUUACAAACGCCACAGCCUCCUACCGCCCGAUUGGUCACCUCGUCAGGUAUGGCUGGAGACUACGAGUAAAAGCCGCACCCUUCAGAGCGGACUGGCCUUCUUUUACGGCUUUCUUCCCGACUUUGACUGGAGGAAAUUGACCGUGCGUCAUCAGUGGAGCACAUUGUUCUGUGGCUCUGCGUGCGACUGUCCUGCCAGGAGCAGGUACCUGGAGGAGGAGCAGAAGAGGCAAUAUCGACUCAGAGUGGCCAAUGCGGAGCUGGAGAGGACUUAUGCCGACAUGGCACGCACCUUAGGCCUUCUCACCCGCCAGCUUCGAGCCGCAAACCCUAUAGACUCGCUGUUAUGCCAUCUGUGCCAUGGCCUCUCUUUCCCAUGCGCUCCCAAUGGAAGCAGUGGCACGGGUGGGUGCCUGACAAUGGCCCAGUUUGCCGUUAUCCGCCAGCAACAGUUGGACGACGAGGUGGAUCGGAAAAAAACGGGGCUGUACCGUAAAUAUGCCACCUUGGCCAUGUACCCCUAUCUCAACCAAACUGCCACUAAGAUGGAACGGAUCGCCAAGGCCAGCGAGACGGGCCAUGGGGCUCGCGCAGGGGGUGAGGAAGUCUUCACCCUUUCUUCAGCUCACGAUGUCACAAUGGCGCCGCUGCUCAGCGCCCUGGGACUAGAGGAUGCCAGUUUUCCACGUUUUGCAGCAAGACUGGUUUUUGAGUUAUGGAAGAGUCCCCCAGUGACACAGAGGCAAGCAAAUAAGAGGGCUAGAAAAGGUGAGACUAUUUUCAUUAGAGUGCUGUACAAUGGCAAAGACGUGACAUUUCACACAGCCUUCUGUCGCACCCACGAUCGUCACAUAAGCCAACCGCUUUGCCCUCUCAAAAACUUCCUCACUUUUGUUAAAAAAGACAUGUUUAGAGUCGUCAAUGCCACUUCUUAUAAGGAGGCCUGCUACAGGCGUCCUGGUUGACUGAGAAAAUGACUGAGAAUGGAUCUGCAAUUUCAGACAGUGGUAUUUAGAUAUGAAGUUGUUUCACUUUUGUAACAAAGGAGCAGAUGUUUGUCCUCUUUCCUCAGUGACAAAUAUGUUUACAUACCUUCACAUCCCUGUAUGACUUUACAGAAUAUCAUUUAUUGACAUCUGUUGGGAUUUGGGGGGUUUGUUAAGAGUUCUGGCCUUUGGUUUUGUUUCUUAGUUCCGUUUUCUCAUGCUUUAGUGUCCUGUGAUUUAUUCUGGUGUCUUUAUGAGCUUCCUGUUUUCCUCUCCUGCCUCUUCAUCUUAACUUCCCUCAGUUCCUUGCAGUGCUCUUCUGUCACCUAUUCCACUCUGUUCACCUGUGAUUCCCGAGUCACCUGCUCUUUGUUCCAUUAUUCACACACCCUCUAUACAGGCUUCCCAGUCAUUUCAGUCCUCGUCAGAUUCCUAUCGUAUUUACCUUAAUUCUUCCCAGUGUUUUUUCCAAAAUUUUUUAAGGUCUGUUAUUCUAAGUUUGUGGUUUACCCCAGUUAGUUGUAUUUUGUAUCCAGUUUUGGCUAUGCCGUUUGUUAUCCCCUGGAAAAUAAAUCUUAAUUGUUCCUGGUUCCCUUCUGUGUUCCUUUCUUAACCCUCGUAUUUGGGUCCUCUCAAUACUCUACCAGCAGAGUUUACUCACAAGGUCUUCAGUUUAACCAUAGUACAAUCAGUUUUACACCACUCUGUUUCCUUAUGUGCGUCUGUCAUUUAUAAAGAACUGAAAGAAAGAUGGACAGUGCUUACCCAAUUCAUUUCUAUAUUUCUUGAUGAGAUGAAAAUGUAAAAUGGCUUAAUUUCUAAAUGCAUGCAUAACAGGAAAUACUAAUAAUGGAAAUGCUAUGCAGGAUUAUUCAUUACUUGGGAAUGUAAAUCAUUUUUCAUGAGAAUACACUUUGAGUCACUAAACUUGCAGCUAAGCCUUUUGUCACUUUUUGGAUUUCUGUAAACAUCUAUGACAGAGGUUGUCUAUUUCAGAUUUAUUUUUGGCCUUUUAAUUGUUUGCUUUUUGAAAACUGACUGGUACUUUCAAGCUUUUUUCCCCUCCACAUUCAUUUACAGCUAUACUACACACACAUGCUGCAGCCUAUUUAUUUACAACUGUGCCUUUGUAACUAAAUGUUACAAAGAAAUUCAGACUAAAGCACAUGCAAAUGAAAUAGAUUUCUGAUGCAAAGCACAGCUUGUUUGCUGAGAGGAUACUUCACCAGCGAUGUGAACCCACCACUCUUCGUAACAGUUUUGUAUUUCUAUGCCACUAGAUGGCAUAAUAGCCCCACAACUGCUCUGCAAUUGUCUGUCCCACCUUUUACAAAU